AUGGGGUAAAGGGGGCAAAAGGGGAGGGGUCUUCCCUGAGCAGAGCCACUUUCACCCUUCUUGCUGGGAUUAACCCAGAAAGUCCAGCAGCUCUGCUCAGAAUGUAGGGCAGCAGGGCUCCUGCAGGCAGCAGCUUCAUUCAUUUGACAGGGUUACAAGAUCUGCCAGGAGUCUGCCUUAGUCAAUACAUGCAGGUCAGACUACCAGCCAUUCUAGUCUGUGCUGAGGAAUGUAUUGUACUUCACCACGGGACCAUAAGGAAGGGAUGUUACGUGCCAGGGACCUAAUGGCAGAUUCAGAACCCCCUUUGGAGCUGCACGUGGACGAUUCAGGUACAUGCUUAGAGCUCGAGGGAGAUGCUACAGAUGCCCUGUUGGAGCCUGAAGUGGCACCUGCCCCCUUGGAGCUACAUAUGGAUGUCACAAAUGCCCCCCUGGAGCUGAACAACACAGACACACCCUUGGAGCAGCAUGUGGAUGGUGCAGAUGGUCCCUUGGACUUAGAUGUUGCGGAAUCCCAGACUCUGAGCAUUGAGGAGCUGGGAGAGCAUUUCCAGGAAUGCAUUGAAGCCGUGGAGCAGUUGGAGAAGGAGAGGGAUAGCCUCAUCCAGGAACUCACGCUGCUCCGGGAACCUGCCCUUCAAGAAAUCAGACAAGCUCAUGAGGAGAUACUGGCAGCCUACAGGCUGCAAGCCAAGGUGAAGCUGGAGCGGGACAAUUUGAGAAACGAGAUCCGACAAGUCAAGCAGAAGCUAUUCCAGGUGACCAGAGAGUGCGUGGCUUGCCAGUACCAGCUGGAAACCAGACGGCAUGACAUGGCCCAGUAUGCUGUCUAUCGGGCUGAACUGGAAACCAGGGUAAGCCAGCUUUCAGAGGAAGUAUCGCAGCUGAGAGAGACUUGUGAAAAGCAGAAGGAACAGUUCAGGCAGCGGCUGGAGAUGCCCCAGUACCGGGGGGACAGCCAUUACUUGCAGGAGAGCCGAAGACUUUCCAUGGAGUUCGAGAGCUUUGUGGCAGAGAGCCGCCAGGGCCUGGAGAAACACUAUGAACCGCAGCUCGUGUGCCUUUUAGAAAGGAGAGAAGCCAGUGCUAAGGCUUUGCAACAAACACAGGGAGAGAUUCAGGGGCUGAAGGAGACACUGAGACCACUGCAGGGAGAGGCCAGCAGGCUGCGGCUGCAGAACAGAAGUCUGGAAGAACAGAUCGUGCUCAUUAAGCAAAAACGGGAUGAAGAAGUUCUCCAGUACAGGGAACAGGUGGAAGAGAUGGAAGAGAGGCUAAGGGAGCUGAAAAAUGAGGUCCAACUUCAGCAACGUAAGAACCAAGAGUUGGAAGAGCUGAGGACCAGCCUGCACCAGGAGCUAUCUAUUUACAAGGGCUGCUUAGAAAUCUAUGGUCAUCUUUGCAACUCAGAAGAGAAAGUCAAUCAAGACUGAUUCAUGGACUUUCCUUAUUCUAUCAGAAAAUAAACGCAGAGGCACUAAAUGAGAAGGACUGAGGUAUCUGCAGUGGACACUUUCAUUUCCCUCUCCCUGCUCACCCCUCUUAAAUAAGACUAGCAGCUAUUUAAAAUCAGGAAGACUAGACAAUCAUUUGCUUGUUUAUAUUUCUUGAGGUGCUGCUCUGUUGCUCUUCUAGCAUGGUAGAAAAAGAAUGAAGCUGCUGUCCUCCAGGAGAGUACAGAAAAGUACACUUGCACUAAUCGACGAACAUAUAAAGAGGAACGAUAGAUGUAUGUUUUGCUGUGUAUUUGGAAAGCAUAUCUGAUCUUGCUUUGUAGGUGGACUGUAUAAGCCUACACAGAAAGGGUCAUAUAGAAAGCCAAUUUUCUUGUUUUGAAGAACACACUUCAAAGGACUACUGUUGUUACACAGUAAACAGGAUGGUUUCUUUUGUAGUACAAAAGAUGAUGGUUGUAUUGUGACAUGUUCUAGUAGGGUCCAUAAACUAAGUUCCCAUAUAAAUGGUUUCCACUUUAUAUAAAAAUUCCACCUUGAAAAUAAGGAUUCAGGUUUUAAAGGCUGCUUGUAUAUCCCAAAGCACAGUCUGCCUCAUGGAACACGCUCAUGUGAUCAAAUCCAAGUUCGCAGAUGUUUUGUUCACACCUUAAUGAUCAUCAUAGCAUGUAGACCUAACAGCCUAUUAACAAUCGGUAGGGAGUUUAAGACCCAGGCCUGGUCUACAUCUAAAAUUUAGGCUGACCUCUGUUGUUCAAUGGUGUGAAACAUUCACUCCUGAGGGUGGCUUAACUACACCUCUAAGCCCUACUGUACACAGUUCGGUCAACAGAAGAAUUAUUCCAUCAACCUAGUUACUGCCUGUUGGAGUGGUGAAUUAACUACAGCAAUAGAGAACCCCCUUCCAUCAUUGUAGCAAGUAUCUACACCAUGGCACUACAGCAGCAGCACCACCACAGCAUCUGUAGUGUAGAGACAGCCCCACUCAAAGCACCUGGGGUGAUUCAGACUCUGCAGUAACCCCUUUUCAGAACUACACCUCAGUCUGCUUCAUUUCUUGAAGGCCAAGCUUUGCCUUAAUAUUGAAUGAAUCAGAGCCACAAAGCCUUAUAUAAAAAAGACAAUCCAUGCUACGUAACCUUGAAUUUGAUUUUUGACCUCACGGAUAUCAAGAUUUUGGACUCUCCCCGUCCCAGGCUGCCACGCCACUAGAACUUUGUCCUUGAGAGGGUGUGAACAGAAGAACUUUCUAAAGGCUAAAUUAUGGAUAGCUCUGUACAUGUACUCUAGAAGGAAUGGGUAAGAGAGUACCCUUCAGCCAAAACAUGGCUGUGCUGAUAGGGGAGGAAUGAAGGGGGCACAGAAGAUAAUAUGUGGUACUGCUGCCAAUGCUAAUAGCCCCAGGAGGUUGAUGUGGAGAAGCCAUGGUACUGCCUCCUAUGCACCAGCAUUCUCCUGGCAGCAUUUGUAGGUCACACCUUUUAAAGCACCUCCUAGAAGGUAUAAUGCCUCCACACACACACCACUACUCAGUAAGCACCUCUAUUGUAAGAGGUACAAUUUUGCCUUGAGAAUGCACUUUUCCUGAAGAUAAGCUUUACACACACACAAAUCAAAAGCUGCACACCAUUUAUGUAGAAAAACAAUUUAUUCCAUCUGAAGCACUUACACAUAAUUAGUCAUGGAGAGUAACAUCCUACUGGUUGAACAGGUCACCCUAGUGGGAGAUGUGCAGAAGUCAGUGGUCAAGGACUAACUCCUUAAAAAAAAAUAAAAA